AACUUUGUUUUUUCUCUCAUUCUUUCAGGAACUAGGAGUUACAACGCAUGCUAACUAUAAGAUCACCUUCAUGUUGGAUAGUGCAGCUAUGAUUACGGUGCAUACACCUAAGAGAGGGGUGGUGGAGGCACCUCAUCAUUAUUAUGCACAGCUAGGUCAGGUUAAACCACUGGGUGUCAUAUGGGAUAAAUUUCCGGAGUUCUACACCAGAAAGAAUACAAUAAUGUUUGAUGACAUUGGUCGAAACUUUCUGAUGAAUCCACAAAAUGGGCUAAAGAUCAGACCCUUCAUGAAGGCUCAUCUCAACCGAGAUAAAGACAGGGAGCUGCUGAAACUGUCCCAGUACCUGAAGGAGAUCGGCAAGCUAGAUGACUUCACAGACCUCAAUCAUAAACACUGGGAAAGAUAUCUCUCUAAGAGGCAAGGACAGUGAGAGCCCCAAGUGGAUCUUUCUGCCUAGAUUGUGCACUCUUCAGAAGUAGAUGAGAAACUUUAACUGUGAUUGAACUCAGAACAAGUGCUGAGCACUGCAACAGUCAAAAACAAAAACGAAGAAAAACUCACAAUGCCAAAGGGACUUAUCAACUGACGUGCUACCUGCAACUUUCUUUAUACUUCAGUCGUUUCCACUGCUGAUCCUUCAGUCAGGACUAGCGAAUUGAACAAAGGACAAUGUGCUUCAGCAAAACCUGGCACACUGUUUGCAUACAUAGGAAAAUGCUGCAUCACCAUAUACCCCUGUCUCAGUGUAGUUUCCUUGCUAUAUCAUAUGGUUGAUUGAUUGAAUCCAGAAGUAAGUUAAUUGCAGGUUAUUUGAUGCAAGAGUAAGUUGUUCUUAUUUCUUUUUGACAAAUGAACUCUCCUUGUAUGCUGAGUUUGGAUUAUAUGCGUCAUAAAACAUUUGAAUUCCUACAUGAACAAAUUCCAUUUGACCUGGGUUUUAACAGAGGGACUGUUUCAAGCUUGCCUAUUAGUGGAUUGAGCUCCAGUGUAUAAGCAGUAACAGAUGUGCUGUCAGCUUUUGGCCCUUGCCCCACUUCAUAGUCCCCAUUUCUUAUUCUCCUUUCAGCUAGUGCUGAGCAGUAUGGAUAUGCUUGGUGUUUCAGUACAUUGACUGUCCCAGUGACCCUCUGUGUUUCUAGCUGGACAUGGGUUAGAGGCCAUAGUGCCUUUUUACGGUCUGUACCUGGAGAAUUUAUCUCCUCACAUUUCGCCCUCGCUGCUCGUUGAUUCCUGCACCAUUGCACCACAAACUGUUACUUUGACAAUGUUGCUUCCUUCGGAUGCUGCUGGUGUUGUUCCAAAUCAACUGCUGACCGGUAGAGUGCUGCAUUUUCUGAGCAUUUUUCUUUGUAUGUGUUUGAGAUCCAUCAGUGGAAAAAAACCAGCCUGGCUUUUCAUUUCUACCUAGCCACCUUACAUGGUUGAGCAGCAGUAAUCAUUACUCUGCACAGCAAAAGGGCAGCACAGGAGUGGGGCCCUGGUGAAAAUUCCUGUUUACACAGUACAAAGACAACAAAAGGUAGCCAAAUUAACUUUAUAUGGAGGUGCAACUUUAUGUUCUAAUCCUAAGUGGUUUCUUGCAGCUGAAGGUUUUAAAAAAAAAUGCUAAAAGCAUGCAGUAGUGAGAAAUGCCAGCCAUUGCUGAGUUUUACAGCACUUUUUUUUUAACCAAUUAACUGCAAUUAGCAGCAAGAAUAUGGCAUACCAAUGACUAAAUGUGCCCAAAGGUAUUGAAGGGAGUGGUCUGCAUAGGGCCCAGGCCCCUUUGAAGGCAAGGAAAGAAAACCAUCUUAUUUCCAGACAUUCCAAUGUAUGUGGCAGCUAUUGGGAACAACCAAUAAGAUUAAAAUCAAGAGAUUUGGACUCUGGAGUCUUAGUUCUAUGUUGCCAUCCUUCCAUCUCUCUGCUCAGUAGAAAAUGCAGGUCAAAGCAACACAUGCACCUGAAUGCAGUGGUGCUUUCUGCCAAGAUUCUUCUUACACCACCUCUCCCUACGCAAUGUGGAUCAGGCAAAUAACAAGACAUGUGCUGGAGAUCAGAAGGGACUCCCCUGCUGGAGUUGAAUGAAGGUCAAACUGUUCUGUUUACAAUUCAACCUGGCUGCAAACAGCCAGAAACAUCCUGGAAUUCUAAUGUUGGUUUCUUCCUGUUGUGAAUUUUCAUUCAUUACUGCGAUGCGUUUAUUUUCAUUCUUUUAAAUAAUGAAAACAGACAUUCCAGGUUGAAUUCUGUAUUUAAAAAAAAGUGAUUUUCUGUGGAGCAAUAUUGAAAGUGUAAAUAUUAAAUAAAAUACCUGAUGACAUUC